UGACAAUGGCGAUAUAAAAGUCAGAUCAUAGACAUUCGAAACUGUAGUUAUCCGAUAAAAUUUUAGAAGCGUAAUUAGUAGCAAAUUAUAACAAAAUUAAAUUAUUAGACGAGUGAUUGAAACAAAAUUUACAAUGCCGCCAUUGGGAAGUGUUUUAGCACUCGGAAUAGUAGUUUUGGCUUGUGUUAAUGCUGCGCCUUCACCGUCAGUUCGUUCGGCUUCUAAGGUCGACUGUAGUAAAGCCGAGAAUCAAGUGAAUCUUCACCCCCAUCCAACUGAUUGCACCAAGUAUUUGCAAUGUGUCCACGGAAGCCCCAUGGAAAGACCUUGUGCUCCAGGUACUGAAUUCAGUGCAUCUAUUGGAGUUUGUGUACAUGCCGGGCAAUCUGGUUGUACUGCUGGAAAGGAACCAGAGUCUGAAGAAGAACUUGAGCCAGAGUCUAAGGAAAAACCUGAGCCUGAGUCUGAAGAAAAACCUGAGCCAGAGUCUGAAGAAAAACCUGAGCCAGAGUCUGAAGAAAAGCCUGAGCCACAGUCUGAAGAAAAACCUGAGCCAGAGUCUGAGGAAAAACCUGAGCCAGAGUCUGAAGAAAAACCUGAGCCACACUCUGAAGAAAAACCUGAGCCAGAGUCUGAAGACAAACCUGAGCCCGAGUCUGAGGAGAAACCUGAGCCAGAGUCUGAAGAAAAACCUGAGCCACAAUCUGAAGAAAAACCUGAACCAGAGUCUGAAGACAAAGCUGAGCCCGAGUCUGAGGAGAAACCUGAGCCACAGUCUGAAGAAAAACCUGAGCCACAGUCUGAAGAAAAACCUGAGCCACAGUCUGAAGAAAAACCUGAGCCUGAAUCUGAAGAAAAACCUCAGCCAGAUGCUGAAGAAAAACCUACUCCGGAGCCUGAAGUGAAACCCGAGCCAGAAUCUGACGAGAAACCUGAACCAGAGUCAGAGGAAAACAAACCUAAGCCAGAUGCAGAGGGAAAACCUGAGUCUGGAGAAACACCUGCACCAGAGGCUGAGGAGAAACCUGAGCCAGAGCCUGAAGGAAGACCUGAGCCAGAGCCUGAAAAAAAACCUGAGCCAGAUGCCGAAGAAACACCUGUGCCAGAGCCGGAGACGAAGCCUGAACCAGAAAUUGAAAUACCUUCUACAACCGAAAAUCCAGAAGAGCCAUCAAAACUCCCACAAAAACCCACAACUCCUUCUGAGCUUACCACUGAACCAUCAGAAGAAUCUACAACUAAACCUUCAUCAUCUGAAUCUCCAACAACUGAACUUUCCGAAGAACCAUCACCACCAGAAAUCCCCGAUGUCACAACGGAAGGUCCAGAAGAAGUCGCAACUGAUCAACCAGAACCUACACCGGAACCAGUACCACCAAAACCUGAAGAAGGCGAGCAAGGAGACUCUGGAUUAGAUACAACUACUGAAGAACCCGAAGGUUCAGGUUCGAGUGCAACUCCAAAUUCUGAAGAAGGUGGACAUGAAGUUCCUGGAUCAAGUUCAAAUCCCGAUGAAUCGGAAGGUUCAACUUCAAGUGUACCUCCAAGACCUGAAGAAGAAAUACAAGAAGAUUCGGAAUCAGGUUCAAAUCCCGGCGAGUCGGAGGGUUCAAGUUCAAAUGUACCUCCAAAACCUGAAGAAGGACAAGAAGCUUCUGGAGCUGAUUCGAAUCCCAGUGAGUCGGGAAAUACAAGUACGAGUGCACCUGCCAAACCUGAAGAAGACGGACAAGGAGAAUCUGAAGCUGAUUCUAGUCCCGGUGAACAUGAUUCAGAAGAACACAAGAAGCCAAGUCCGGAAGAGGUUUGCCAAAUUCACACAGACAGGUUCUUUGUUGCGGCACACCCAGGUCAAUGUAACAGGUUCGUGAUUUGCAGCUUCGGUACAGCCCACCUUGCAGAAUGUCGACAGGGAGAAUAUUUCAAUCCUGUUAUCAAUACUUGCUCCCCAGAUAAGUCCCACUGCAGCCCAUAAGUAGGAUGUAGGGAAAGAUGAGGCUCAACCAGUUAUCGAAAAAAUUUAUUUUGGCGUCAUUUUAUGUUAUGUACCUACUUCAUCUUUCUUAGGGAUCUGAUUAUAUAACUAUGAACUUCUAAUUAUUAAAUUUGUUGUUCUAUUCAUGUAACAGGCUAAAAAUUAAACAUCUUUUGUUCUUUAAUCGUUUUUUUUUUUCAAUUGUAUU